AUGUCCAUCUUCCCCUACGUCUACUACAUGAUCCUGUCCUUCAAGAUCACCUCUGACACCCGCCAAAUUGCUGUCUACGCCGGAUUGGUCACCUCCGCAUUUGCCUUCGCAGAGUUCUUAUCAGGUGUCGCCUGGGGUCGGAUCAGCGACAGGGUGGGAAGGAAGCCGGUGCUUCUUGCUGGACUGGCAGGAACGGCGCUCAGUAUGCUGGUAUUCGGGUUUGCUCCAAAUCUACCAGUUGCGCUAGUAGGGCGAGCCCUGGGAGGAUUGCUCAAUGGGAAUAUGGGAGUUCUCCAAACUACAGUUGCCGAGAUUGUCACGGUCAAGGAGCAUCAAUCUCAAGCCUACGCUAUCAUGCCAUUCGUCUGGAGUCUUGGGUCACUUCUAGGUCCUGCGCUUGGCGGAGCUUUGGCCCAACCUUGCGAAUCCUUCCCUACAUUCUUCGCCCGAGGCACGCUCUUUGACCAAUUCCCAUUCUUACUACCCAACCUUGUCUGCGCUGUCAUCCUUGCUUUUGGGGUCUUGGUCGGCGUACUUUUCUUGGAAGAAACCCAUGAGGAGCUGAAAGGUCGCCGAGAUUUCGGUAUUGAAGCUGGGAGGUGGCUCCUGGGCCAUUUCCAGACCAGACCAGCAGAUCAGAUCAUCGUGGACAAAGCUGGCGAGGCUAAUCUUCAGGAACAAUCCGCACUUCUAGAAGACGAAGAGCCCCCCGGAUACAGAACGAUUGAAGGCUCACCUUGCCAACCCUCAACCCCUUCUCUUUCUCCAAAGGCUCUGCCCGCGGAUGCAAAAACGAAAGGCAAAAGACGAGUGAAGAACAAGCCGCGAGGAGUCAGGAAAGCCUUCACAAAGCAGCUAAUGCCAGUAUUCCUGAGCGAGCCGAUCUCGACAGAGCCAAUAUCCCUGCCAUUCCGUUUCACUGGUGGUUUCGGCCUUUCGUCACAGACAAUAGGCUUGAUGCUAUCUGUGCAAGGUGUUUAUUCAAUGGUCGCUCAGCUCUAUCUGUUCCCGUUCGCUUCACGCCACUUUGGCUCCCUGAAGUUGUUUCGCUGUGUCUUAAUGACAUGGCCGUUACUAUACCUUCUGGUGCCAUACCUGGUCAUUCUACCACAAGGACUUCAGAUGCCGGGAGUCUACCUAUGCCUCCUCUGGAAGAUAACAGCUCAAUGCUUUGCCUUUCCGUCGAACCAAAUCCUUCUCACGAACUCAGCCCCUUCUUCGCUAGUUCUAGGGGUAAUCAAUGGCGUUGCAGCAUCCUCUGCCAGUCUGGCCCGGGCUUUCGGUCCAACGGUGACAGGUCUGAUCCACUCUUGGGGUCUAAAAAUUGGCUUCACCGGCGUAGCCUGGUGGGCAUGUGGUGUUGUCUGCAUUCUAGGAGCGCUGGAAAGCCUCUGGAUUGAAGCAGUGGACGGUCGAAUGGACCAUGAAGAUGAAGAGCGUCUUGCAGAUGAAGCUUUGAUCGAUGCCCUUGCCAUCGAUGCCGCCAUCAACGCCGCUGAGGAUCUUCAGCAAUUCGAAGAGGGUGGUGUACAGAUACCCAAAUCAGAGUCGACGCUCAACUUCCUCUAG